AUGACUCCCUUGCAACCUACAAACCGAACUGAUCCUGAAGGACUUGGGGAGGCCUAUGAUGGAGACAUUGCAUUUGCUAGUGCCCUAGAAACAUUUGGUGGUGGACAUAAUGACCCAAUCAGUGUGGCUUUUGGAGGCCCUGUUAUGACCAAAUUCACCAUAGCCCUUAGAGAAAUAGGGACAUACAAGGAAGUUCUUCGAUCACAGGUUGAGCAUAUGUUAAAUGACAGAUUGAUUCAGUUCGUCAAUAUGGAUUUGCAAGAGGUCAAGGAAGCACGGAAACGUUUUGACAAGGCUAGCCUUAUCUAUGACCAGACUCGUGAGAGGUUUCUGUCACUAAGAAAAGGCACAAAAACUGAUGUAGCUACUGCACUAGAAGAGGAGCUUCAUAGUGCAAGAUCUACAUUUGAGCAAGCUCGGUUUAAUCUGGUAACUGCCUUGUCAACUGUUGAAGCAAAGAAGAGAUUUGAAUUUUUGGAAGCAGUCAGUGGGACCAUGGAUGCACAUCUUCGUUAUUUCAAACAGGGGUACGAGUUGUUGCACCAAAUGGAGCCAUAUAUCAACCAGGUCUUGACUUAUGCUCAGCAAUCAAGAGAAAGGUCCAAUUAUGAGCAGGCAGCCCUAAAUGAAAGAAUGCAAGAGUACAAACGACAGAUUGAUCGGGAGAGUAGGUGGGCAUCAAAUGGUUCUAAUGGGUCUCCUAAUGGAGAUGGUAUACAAGCCAUUGGUAGAAGUUCACAUAAGAUGAUAGAGGCAGUCAUGCAAUCUGCUGCAAAGGGAAAGGUUCAAACAAUUCGACAAGGUUAUCUCUCAAAGCGAUCCUCAAAUUUAAGGGGGGACUGGAAAAGGAGAUUUUUUGUUCUUGAUAGUCGGGGAAUGCUAUAUUACUACCGUAAACAGUGCAGCAAAUCAUCUGGGUCCAGUAGUCAACAUUCUGGCCAGAGGAAUAGUUCUGAGCUUGGUUCUGGACUUUUAAGUCGAUGGCUGUCUUCUCAUCACCAUGGUGGAGUACAUGAUGAAAAAUCUGUUGCUCAUCACACUGUGAACCUGCUUACAUCAACAAUCAAAGUAGAUGCUGACCAAUCAGAUUUGAGGUUUUGCUUCAGGAUCAUUUCACCAACAAAGAACUAUACUUUGCAGGCAGAGAGUGCGCUGGACCAAAUGGAUUGGAUUGAAAAAAUCACUGGUGUUAUUGCCUCAUUACUGAGUUCUCAGAUUCCUGAAAGGAUGUUGCCUGCGAGCCCAAUGGGAAGUGGUCAUCAUAGGUCUACCAGUGAGAGUAGUUCUUUUGAGAGUUCAGAUUUUGAUCACUCUGCUGUUGAAGAAUGUGCAGCAGAUAGAAGUCUUGCUUCUGCACAUCUGGAGCGACCCUCAAGAAGUUUACAACAGCAGCGAUCCUGCACUAAAAAUGAAAAACCAAUUGAUGUGCUGCGAAGAGUUUGUGGGAAUGAUAAAUGUGCUGAUUGUGGUGCUACUGAACCUGAUUGGGCAUCACUAAAUCUUGGUGUUCUUGUUUGCAUUGAGUGUUCUGGCGUGCACCGGAACCUUGGUGUGCACAUAUCAAAGGUCAGGUCUCUUACUUUGGAUGUUAAAGUGUGGGAACCUUCUGUCAUAAGUUUAUUUCAGUCUCUUGGGAAUACUUUUGCCAACUCAGUCUGGGAAGAAUUAUUACAAUCAAGAAGUGCCAUUCAGGUUGAUCUUGUCCCUACAGGCUUAAGCAAGUCUGAUAAACCGCCGUUGAUGUUCUUCUUCCCCAAACCUUGUCAAUCUGAUUCUCUAUCAGUGAAGGAAAAGUUCAUUCAUGCAAAGUAUGCAGAGAAGCUUUUUGUUCGCAAGCCAAAGGACAACCGUCUCUUGGUGGCACAACAAAUAUGGGAGGCUGUUCAUGCUAAUGACAAAAAAGCUGUAUAUCGGUACAUUGUUAAUUCUGACGUUGAUGUUAAUGUUGCAUAUGAGCAAAUGUGCAACAGCUCCCUAACCCUUGCCAAAGUAAUGCUAUUACAAGAGCAGACUAGCCAUGAUCACAGCUCUACAUUAGCAGGGAACACGUUGGACUGGUCCCCUAGUAAAGAAGGCCAGGUCAUGGACAAUCUAGAUGGGUGCACCCUACUUCACCUUGCAUGUGAAACUGCAGAUAUUGGCAUGGUUGAGCUCCUCCUACAGUAUGGUGCAAAUGUUAAUGCAACUGAUUCAAGAGGUCAAACGCCACUACAUCGCUGUAUUCUCAAAGGCAGAUCUGCGUUUGCAAGACUAUUGCUUUCAAGGGGAGCCGAUCCUCGAGCUGUGGAUGAGCAGGGAAGAACCCCAAUUGAGCUUGCUGCAGAGUCAAAUGCUGGUGAAAGAGAUAACCAUGCUCCAUUAAAUGAUUCUAAUGGAUGA